UAAAACCCUUCAAUUCUACUGUUUCUUGGUCAAAGCACACUGUCAUCAAAGCUACUUGUACUUUGGGAAUAGGAAAAAAAGAAAAAAGCCAAUUUCCAGGAAUCCCUGAAUAACAACUCUGCUUGGAAAUUUCUAGCAAUAUUCGAAGACCACUUUGCAGCAAUUCUUUAUCACACUUUCAUGAUAGACUGUAAAAUAAAAUUUCCCAAAAUGACUAACAAAUCAAUCAUCAUUCUGAGCCUGGUGGUUCUUUAUAGCCGUUUUAUAAGUGGAAAAACAACAUGUAGUCAGCAAUUGGUGAAAGAAUGGCAUCCACAGCCCUCAUCAUAUGUGGUGAAUUGGACACUAACAGAAAACAUCUGCAUGGACUUCUACAGAGAUUGCUGGGUUUUGGGUGUAAACACUAAAAUGGACACUCCAGGCAAUCACAUUGUUCCACAGAUUUGUCCUUUGCAAAUUCAACUAGGAGAUAUCCUUGUUAUUUCUUCUGAACCAUCUCUUCAAUCUCCAGAAAUAAAUCUGAUGAAUGUUUCUGAAAUAUCUUUCAUUGACUGUGUGCAAAAUACCACGACGGAUGAUCAGUUGCUUUUUGGUUGCAAACUAAAAGGAAUGCACACUGUUAAUCCUCAGUGGCUGAGUGCUGGGACACAUUAUUUUAUCACGGUAAUGGCAAGUGGUCCAUUACUUUGUCAACUGGGACUUCGACUAAAUGUGACGGUGAAACAGCAGUUCUGCCAGGAAUCUCUAAGUUCAGAAUUUUGCUCUGGUCAUGGUAAAUGUCUUAGUGAAGUUUUGGACAAGACAUACAGAUGCCAUUGUCAGCCUCCAUUUUCUGGAAUAUACUGCCAGGAACUUGAUGCAUGUUCUUACAAACCAUGUAAAAAUAAUGGCAGUUGCAUUAAUAGUAGAGGAAAAUGGAAUAAGCAAGGAUGUGAAUGUAUCUGUCACCCACCAUUUACGGGAAGAGAUUGUUCAGAAAUAAUUGGUCAAUGUCAACCACAUGUCUGUUUCCAUGGAAACUGCAGCAAUAUUACUGCAAAUAGUUUCAUUUGUGAAUGUGAUGAACAAUUUUCAGGUCCCUUCUGUGAGGAGUCAACAAAAUCUUCUGUUUCUCAGUCUUGUUGGAAAGGAGGAAUUUGCCAAAAUAGCAGCUCUACUUACAAUUGUGAAUGUCCAGAAGGAUUCCUCAUUCACAAGUGUGAAACUGAUAUCAAUGAGUGUUCAUCAAUACCAUGUCAAAAUGGCACUGACUGUAACAAUAUACCAAAGGAUGUUAUAUGCAUCUGUUCACCAAAAUUUACAGACAGGCUUUGUAAGAGAAUUCAAACAUCACGUGAUCUAUUUUCUUGGAAGAAUAAUGUCACAUGUAUGAACUGUGAGGAAGAUUAUUAUUGCAGUUGCAUGCCAGGAUUUACUGGAAAAAACUGUGAGAAAGUAAUUGACCACUGCAGACUGCUCAGCAUCAACUGUCUGAAUGAAGGAUGCUGUUUCAAUAUAAUUGGAAGAUUCCGA